AAGUAGCUUCCAUUUAUUUAUUAUUAAUUUGACUUGACUUUAGUUAAGAUGACUCGAGUCUUUUAUUUCACACAGACAUCACCACCAAUAUAAUAAUCACUUGUGUUCAUUACUUGAGGCACUAGAGUUUCUCUCCAAUAUUCAAUGCCGUCUUCUUCUUUAGAUGUUCCCCAAAUCAAAUAUGACGUGUUCAUCAGUUUUAGAGGAGAAGACAUCCGUGAUAAUUUUCUUAGCCACCUGAGAAAAGAAUUGCGUCAUAACCAAAUUGAUUUCUUUGUUGACGAUGAAAAGGUUCAUCCUGGAGAUGAAAUUUCAUCCACACUUCUUGAAGCAAUUGAGGGGUCUUACAUUUCAUUAGUCAUCUUCUCGAAACACUAUGCUUCUUCAAAAUGGUGUAUGGAGGAGCUUGUGAGGAUAACUGAAUGUAUGGAAGAAUAUGAAAGGAUUGUGAUACCUGUUUUUUACAACGUUGAUCCUUCUCAUGUAAGACAUCAGAAAGGAACUUUUGCAGAGGCUUUUGAUGUUCAUGAAGAGAAAUAUAAGAUCAGUAGAGAAAAGCUACAAAAUUGGAGAUCUGUCUUGAAAAAGAUUGCUAAUUUAUCCGGAAUUCAUUAUCCAUCAAAAUAUCGGAAUGAAUCUGAAGUCAUUGAUGACAUUGUCAAGAGUAUAUCGGAGAAAUUGCCGCAUCUUUUGUCAAAUGCAUCCGAAGGCCUUAUUGGAAUUGAUGAAAAUUCAAAAUUUCUUCAACCUCUACUGGAAAUGGAGUCUGAUGAAGUUCGAAUUGUGGGAAUUUGGGGCAUGGGAGGCAUAGGUAAAACAACAAUUGCUAGAGCAAUAUUUGACAGAUAUGCCUCUCGAUAUGAAGGUUGCUGCUUUCUACAAAAUGUAAGAGAAGAAUCACAAAAUUCUGGCAAACACGGCUUAUAUGAGAAACUUAUUUCUGAACUACUUGAGGAAGAACAUCUCCUUGUGAAGGGAUCAGCCCAAGCAAGAUCUAUGUAUGUUAAGAGAAGGUUGAGUCGGAAAAAGGUCUUCAUAGUGCUUGACGAUGUGGAUACAUCAGAUAUAUUAGAUUAUCUAAUUAUAAAACAAAUCUGUUUGGCACCAGGAAGUAGGGUCAUUAUAACAACUAGAGACGAGCAAGUACUAAUUGCUGCAAGAGUGCAUGCAAUAUACAAGGUCCAAGAAUUGAGCUUUAAGAGUUCCCUUGAGCUUUUUUGCUUAAAAGCCUUUCACAAAAGCUAUCCUGAAAAUGGAUAUGAAAAGCUUUCAAAAAUGGCCGUUAAUUAUGCAAAUGGCAUUCCAUUAGCCUUAGAAGUAUUGGGAUCCUUUUUAUGCUCAAGAAGUGUAGUAGCUUGGGAAAGUGCACUAAGAAAACUCAAGAUUCAUCCUGAUCCAAGCAUAUUCAAAGUGUUGAAAUUGAGUUAUGAUGGAUUAGAUGAGUUAGAGAGGAGCAUAUUCUUAGACAUUGCUUUCUUUUUCAAAGGAGAAUGCAUGGAUGAUGUCAUAAGGUUUCUAGAUUCUUGUGAUUUCUUUGCAGAGAUCGGAAUAAACAAUCUUGAACGUAAAGCUCUUAUAACCAUUCGGGGCAAAAGAAUAGAAAUGCAUGACUUGAUACAACAGAUGGGUUGGGAAAUAGUUCGUCAAGAAUCAAAUACAGACCCUGGAAAGUCACCAAAAAUAAAUAGAGACCCUGGAAAGCUUAGCAGAUUAAGUAGACCUGAGGAUUUUUACAAUUUAUUGAAAAAUAGCCAAGAAAAUAAAUUAGUUGAAGGUAUUAUGAUUGACUUGUCUCAAACUAAAGAUCUACACUUGAAUGCCAACACCUUCAAAAAUAUGCCCCGCCUAAGAUUUCUUAAACUUCAUACUCUCUUGGGUGUAAGAUCAUCGAAUGUGCUAGUUCCUACAGGUCUUGAGGCAUUUUCUGAUGAACUAAGAUAUUUGGAGUGGUGUAGAUAUCCUUUGAGUUCCUUGCCGUCAACAUUUUUUGCUGAGAAGCUUGUUGAGUUUAGCAUGCCACAGAGUCAGGUUUCUAAACUUUGGGAUGGAGUGCAGGAUCUUGUGAAUUUGAAGAUAAUUAACCUUUCGCAAUGCAACCAGUUGGUGGAACUUCCUGAUCUUAGUAAGGCAACAAAUCUUGAGGUGUUAGACGUGUCCUUUUGUAAAGGGUUGUGUGAACUUCACCCAUCUGUUUUAUCCAUCCCCACACUUAAAAAUUUGAGUCUUUCUUGGUGUCAAAAACUGAACAGUGUUAAAGGGGAGAUUCAUUCCAAGUCUCUUAAAAGACUUGAUUUUGGAGGUUGCUCAAGCCUAGAGGAAUUUUCGGUGACAUCAGGGGAACUGAGUUGUUUAUAUUUCAUUUUCUCAAGAAUUAAGAGUCUUCCAAAUGAGCUAUGCGGCUUUAUAACUCUGGAAGAACUUAAUCUUGCUUGUUGCAGCGAGCUAAUUGAACUCCCUCACAAUCUGAAAGCCUUUUCACGAUUGAAAAGUUUGACUCUAAAUAGUUGCAGUAGUCUUAGAUAUAUACCUGAACUUCCACCAUCUAUAGAAAAGUUAUUUGCUGCUGACUGCACAUCAUUGGAAUCAAUAUUCAGUUUAAAGGAAGUAUUCAGUUUAAAUAGGAGACGUAUCUCAUUUACGAAUUGCAUGAGAUUGGAUAAGGAAUCACUGAAUGAUAUUAUAGAAGAUGCCCAUCACACAAUAUUCAGAAAUAUGUUGUUGUGGUCAUCAGCAUCAUCUUAUGGUUCAUGGGUUCCUGAUGAAGAUGACUGGGACAGUCGCUUCAACUGUGAUGUUUGUCAUGCAGGGAGUAGUGUGCCGGAGUGGUUCAGAUGUCAGAGAGCAGAAGGAGCUUCAGUAACAGUUGAAAUAGAACAACCUUACUACCAGCUGUUGGGUUUCUGUUUCUGCUGUGUUCUUUCUCAAGAGUUCUCCGACGAUCACUCUAUCCUUUGUGAAUAUGACUUAAGAGUACCCGAAUAUUGAGGGACAUUGAAAAGUACACAGGCAGUGAUGAUCAUGGCACCACUUGCAACCAAACCAUUACAUUCAGAUUCAGUGCAAAAACAUAUUUAUUUGAACAAGAGGAUCCUGUGAUUAAAGAGUGUGGGGUUUUUCCAAUAUAUGCCUCAGAUGUCCUUGAUCUCAUCGCAAGACUGGAACUGGAGUUCGACUUGAACCCUCAUCAUAAAUCUGCGGUGUGGAAGGUUCUUGGAGAUUGGGAUCUCGAUGCACUGAAAAGUAGGCUCAUUCAGAAGAUUAAAGAAAAAUCAAUCUGCUUUCAAUCUGAUAGUAUCUGGGACUCAGAAGAAGUAAGCUGGAGUGACUUAGAAGAAGCAAGUUGGAGUGACUCAGAAGAAGAAUGAAAGAAAGAAAGAAAGUUAGUUACUUCAUCAAAAGAGGCAGCAAGGGGGAACACUGCAUUAGCUUUUUCAAAAUUAGCAAAAGCUUCAUGGCUCUAAUUCCACCUUGUAGUACAAACUGAUGUACCUACAUUCACUUUUGUGUAUCUCAAUGGCUGUCUGAAUACUGGGCAUUAAUGUGGAUGGAUAGUAUCAAAGGCAAUUCAGGAAUUCUUGCAUUUGAUAUCAUCCCUUAAGUAACCGUAUAAGGGAAAUUCUGCUUUUUUGAAAAAAGUACUCAUUGUAAAUAUAUUGGUCUUUCUCCAAAUUAGAAUAUGUAUGUUAAAUAAGGAAUGACUUGCAACAACCGGUGAAUAUUAAUGCAAUAAUAAUAUUGUAUAUGCACCUUCCUUUUUA